AUGCAGUCGAGCGCAACGCCCGCCGGUGCUAGCUUCUACUUUCUCUCCAAACGCUUGACCGUUGAAGUCUACCAGCUGCUGGUCGACCGCGGCUGGAGGAGAUCCGGCACUCUCUUCUACAAGCCAGACGUCCUGCGGCACUGCUGCCCCCAUUACACAAUUCGUCUGCCUGUUGACUCGUUCAAGCCCUCCAAAGACCAGCGGAAAGCGGUCAAUCAUUGGAACGACCAUGUGCUAGGCGAGUCGUACAUCAAAGAGGCUUCUAGGCUCUACCCGCUUUCCAAACAAGAAAAGGCUCGGCUAAAGAACACGUUUGACCUUGUCCGAGAGGUGCACAGGGCAGAACUGCAAAAUGUCAAACAGCCGCCUGAACCCGCCCAUCGCUUCGAGGUGACGCUUGAACCAGCAGUCUUCACGGCCGAAAAGUACGACUUGUUCAAGAACUACCAACAAACUGUACACAAGGAGCCUUCCAGCCAGAUAUCACAAUCCGGCUUCAGGAGAUUUCUCUGUGACUCUCCACUACAGCAAACCUCACGCACUGUCAAUGGCAAAGAACAGCUUUUGGGCUCCUUCCAUCAGUGCUACCGCCUCGAUGGCCGACUGAUUGCAAUGGGAGUGCUGGACCUGCUUCCCCAUUGUGUCAGUGGUGUGUACAUGCUCUACCAUUCCGACGUUGCAGAAUGGCAGUUUGGCAAAUUGAGUGCCCUCCGUGAAGCCGCGCUCGCGCUUGAGGGCGGCUACGAGUACUAUUACAUGGGCUACUACAUUCACACGUGCACCAAGAUGAAGUACAAAGGCGACUACAAGCCACAACACGUUCUCGACCCAGAGUCGUAUGAGUGGCACCCGUUGGAUGGUGAACUGCGUAGCCUGCUUGACAAGAAAAAGUAUGUGUCCUUGGCGAGGGAGCGGCGGAGACAGAAGGAACAAGCGUCUGCGGCAAAGCAGACGGACGGCGCCGACACUGCAGAACAAGAUGACUAUUCAGACUUUCCCUUAGUCUCGCCUACCGAGGCCGCAGACGCAUGGAUGAACGGAAUGUCACUUUUCGAUCUCAAGAUGCCAGGGGUGAUGACGGCCGAAGAGAUCGAAGAAAAAAUUGAUCUGGCUACAAUGCCGUUUCGUGCAGGUAGCAGACUGGUAGAACUUCAGGAUCUUGUAUCGUGGGACAAUAGUGAUUUGCGGGAUCCUCAUUCGAUCCAAGGCAUGGUUGGUGAGAUGGUGGCUUGCAUGGGCCCCGAAGUUGCAUGGCAGAUUGUGGUCCAGUUGCGGGAGUAG